AUGACCCGUAUGCUUAUUCUCGCUGCCCUUGCUGCUGCUCUUGGAGUAUCAGCACAGUCAACGACGACCGGUCUUUCAUCAGAAUGCACUUCAGCAUUAGCACAGAUUGCUCUCAAUUCCUCUUCUGCUUGCUUGAGCCCAUCUUCAUUGAUUCCCAUUCUGACUUCUUCAUCAAAUACAUCCAUUGUCGAUUCUGUGGACUCUUGGCUAACUAACGUUUGCGGAGUCGCUCCUUGUACAAACGACACUCUUUCUGCCAUCGUCACGAAUGUCACAGCUGGCUGCGGAACCGAGCUGUCUGCUCUUGGUUUCUCCUCCACCGAUACAGCAACUUUGAUCUCAACUGUGCAAGAAUUUUACCCCACUGUAAGGCAGGUUGUGUGUUUGAAAGACGGUAACACUAAUUGUGUUACAGAAACCCUGACCAAUCUUCAAGAUGCUGUCGGUAGUAACCUUACCUUGACCAAUAUUGCUGGACUAGUUGCUUCAGGGAAUGAUACAUCUAUUCCGUCCAACGUCACCUGUUCCAAUUGUACCAAGGCGGCCUAUAACACCGUGAACACAGCUUUCCCCGGUUUAUUGGACUCGGAGAAUUCCACGCUGCAAGAUCAAUGUGGUACCUCUUUCACAGAUGGAUCUACUCCCUCCGGGAUUGUUGAAAGCGCAAGCGACUCCUCGACUUCAUCUGGGUCUAACAGCGCAUUGAGCGCAAUUUCUCUCAUAUCUGGAAAUACUUUCCUUGGUGUAGGUGUCUCGAUCGUUCUCAUCUUGGGAUCGGCAUUGGCAGUUGUUUUGUAG